AUGGACGAGGUUCGGAGGCACAAAAAAGUGGUGCGAAGCAGAAACGGAUGCCUGACGUGCAAGAGGCGCAAGGUCAAGUGCGACGAGAGGAGGCCGAGCUGCGUUCGCUGCGAGGUGGAAACAAGGCAAUGCGCCGGCUAUCCCCAGCAAAUGAGGCCGCGUGUACUGGGGCUCGGCACAAGUCCAUCGGCGUCGAGUCGCGGCGAUGCCACAUUGGACAGCUCUCGAGAUUGCCUGCCAUCCUCUGCGUCCAAUCUCUCCGUGUCGACUCCAUCAGCCUCUGUGCGGCCAUUAUCUCCCCGGGGGGGAAGGGCAGGCGCGCAGGACCUGACAACGUCAGACUUUGAGCACCUUCUCGCCUCGGUGAUGCGCUCCUACGAGACAGACGAGAGCCCCUCGGCACGGCAGCUCUCAGCAGGUCCACUUGACUGGAUGAACUGCGACCAGACGACCGAAAUGCACGACGAGAGCCCCGCGGCAAUGCUUUUGUCGCUUGGGCAUCGACAAGAUGGCCAAGAGACACGGUCGUAUUCGAUAGGCACAAACGGCUGCCAUCCUGGAGACGCGUCGCAUACAGAGGCUACUCUACAGGAGCGUAUCCAGCGGAUCUGCACCACACCCUUGCAGCUCGAGGCAGUGUCACGCUUCUUCAACUUUGUCCUGCAGACCUUCCACCUCGUCCCAGCAGAGGCCAACGUCUGGCGCAAAGUGUUUGGAGAGUUGUGUCUGAGCAGCACGCUGACGGUCAGCUUCGUCACGGCCGUCGGCCUCAUUUCGCUCUCCCUCGUCGGACCCGUGAAUCGGAGGGCGCUGGCGCAUGCGCACCUGUCGAGGUGCCUCAAGCAGUGGUUCCACCUCGUCGAGCUUGAACCCUGCGAGCGGACGGAGCUGCAGACGCUCGAGAUUCUCGCGGGGGCCAUCCUCGUCGGCCACGUCGAGCAGUUUGACAACGGCCUCGGCCGACAGACAAAGGAGUGCGUCGAUCGCGCGAUGGAUGUGGUGCUCCUCCUCAUCGCCACGCCUCCCUCCUCGUCGGCCCUCGACAUGGGGCCUGGCUCGCCCUUUCGCUUCCUCUGCAGGGUCCUGCUCUGGUGGUACGUGCUCUCGCGCACGCUUUCGCUUGCCCCCGGCCCGUCUCGUUCAGGUCCGCUGCUCGACGCCGUGCGCGCGUGGGAGACCGAGACGGGGACCGAGUCGGUGCUCGAGUGCACGCAGUGCGUGUGUGGGUGGCCGAUCGACCUUCUUGAUGCCGUCUCACGAAUUGUGCUCCUCUCCGAGCGGCUCCAGGGCCAGAUCGACACGACGGCGACCACGUCGACGAGGGACAGCAUGCAGCGCUCCUACACUCGAGGCGCAGACAUCAUCAACUUUGUCUCGUCGGACAGCGUCGUGACCGAGGCGAGGAGCAUCGAGCUGCAGAUCCGGUCCUGCCGGCCACAGCUGGUCCGGCAGGACACGUUUGAGGCUGCCGCGAUGCGCUACACCAUCUUUGAGGUCCUCCAGGCCGGCGUCCUCAUCUACUUUUCCACGACGCUCCUGGGCGACACCACGCGCGUCACGGGCGAGAUCAACAGGGUCAUGGCCUUUCUCAACCGCAGACAGCGCCGCGCAGGCGCUCGCGACGGCGACGACGACGACGAAGACUGUCCAGCGACGCGAGACUCGCCCUCGCAUGCGCAUGCUGACGUGCCCCCCUCGACGCCGACAGCGAGCUGGCAGGACCGAGCCCCCGACGGCGCCCUCAUCUGGUCCUACCUCCAGGCGGCGACCAACGUGACCGAUGCCCGCGAGCAGGCCCUCUGCCGCUCCACGCUCCUCGACUGGCGGCGGCAGGCCGACUGCGGCGCCACGGAAAUCUGCGUCGAGCUCGUCGAGGAUGUGUGGCGGCAGUCGGCCUCAGCGCAGCGCACCUCGACCUGGCACGAGGUCCUGCGCGAGCGAAAGUGGUCGCAGCUGCUCCUCUUUUAA